UUCCCUCCAUCCUCAUUAUUAUUAUUAUAGUUUUGUUCCCCUGAUUCAAAUUAAAGGUCUGAAAGUCUUCACUAUCUCUGGAAGAAAAUUGAAUCAAAGUUUGAUUUAAUUAGUGGUAUCAUUAUAUUAUUAUUAGGAGAGUGAUGGGGAAUUGCAUGGAGACAUGCACUUUGAUGGAAGAAGGUGAAGAAGAAGUGAAGCAGCAGAAGCAAGGAGAAGGAGGUAAGAGUAGUGGUGGUGGAAGGGUGAAAGUAGUGUUGACAAAAGAAGAGUUGAAAUGGUUGAUACUUGAAUUGAAUGGUGAGAAAGGAGGAAGAAGAGGAGGGUUGAAGCUUGAACAAGUGCUACAACAAAUUGAGAGAGCAAGACAACAACAACAAGGACCAUGGAAGCCUUCUUUGGAGAGCAUCUUGGAGGCCCCUGAGAUGCUUGAGUUUGAUACAGAGAUACAUACAUGAUCAUCAUCAUCACCAUUUUUCUUGCUCUAUAUAAAAUAUUGUUCAGUAGUUUCUUCCAUUCCUUUUUUGUACUGAGGAGUGGUGAGAGAAUUACAUUUUGUAAAUCUUAGAGGUGACGAUGAAGAGGAGUAGAUGAAGGUUACUUAGAUAUAAUUAUGAGGUACGUAAAUAUAUAUAUGAUGUAUGAUCCAUGUAAUCUAGCUAGGAAUGAAUUUUAAUCUUACUUUGAUUUA